AUCUGGAAGCAACUGCCCCGUAAUCAACAAGAACUCGAUAGGAUAGGCGUUUGUCUCACACCGGCAAAGAACAGGUGCGGCAAACCUUCCAUCAUGUCGACCACCCAAGCAGCUGGCAGCUUGGUGAACAAGCUGCCUCUCCGCCUACGCAAUUUCUUCGCCCGCUAUCCUCCGCAAUACUAUUCCGCGGCCGUGGCGCCACGGUCCGAGUCAACAGACGCUGUCAAUGCUGAGUCUCUGCCGUCACCGUACACACCCAACAGAGACGCUAAAGGCCACAAGCGACCUGAUCCCACGGAACAUUCGCCCUCCCGUGCCCUCCUCUACUCCGACCCAGAGCACCCGAACCCAUUCCUGCCUCGCAAGAACUUCCGCACAGGCAAAUGGAUUGGCGCACGGGUCGGGCUCCGGACACAGGCUGAUCUGGUGAAGCUGGCCAAGAAGUAUCAAGUCGAGGCUCUACUACCUCCCGGCCGCAAAUCGACCGAGUACAAGGAGACAAGACGGGAGGAGCGCGGAUUACAGAUCAAGGGUACCGGUAUUGGACAGAAGGUCAAAGGUCACAAAUGGGAGCGAACAAUGGAGUCUCGUCUGGAAGACAGACGCAAGGCCAUGAUGGAGAUGCCGGAGAUGAUUCGGUUGUGGAAGCAGAGAGGUCACGGUCGUGGCUGGAAACAGUGGCCCAAGAGGUAAAUGCUUGUGUGGAUACCUUUGUUACUACUGUGAAAUUUUAUGUAAUGCUCUAUCUUUCGCCAGUCCUCGGAUCGCCUGGCUCCAUUGAUCAUUUGUCAGGGUUUGAACGGGAGUUUUUGUUCUCAUGUAUGUACAAAUAGAUAUUCAUUGAAUGUGCACAUUGGAUGCGGUUGUGCUGUACAUCCUUCAAUUAGACUCGUCAUCUAAGUUUGCAUUA